GGCUGGACGGUGCUGGGGGCAUAUAAAGUUAGCUAUAAGCUGUGCAUAAUGAUUCAGUCCUCUGCCAGCGGACUUCACAGAUCAACGGAGCUGGGAUAUUAACUACCUGUCACCCAUCUGCCCUUGGCUGCCUAUACAGGGACAUGAUGCUGCUGCUGCACCACACAGUCUGCGCUGCGCUCCUCUCUGCGCACUUGGCGCAUCUGGCACCGCUGGACGAGCUGACAUCACAGUUUGUGUGCCUGGACCAGGCCUGUUACUCUGUAUCCUGGAGCAGCAGGCGCUUUCCUAAGGCGAAUAGAUCCUGCAGUGACAUCCAGGGACACCUGAUGACGGUGAAAAACUCUGUACAAGCCGAUGCAAUCGCUUUACUGAUGGGCAAAGUGGAGAAAGCUGAUGCGAGAGUGUGGAUAGGGCUGGAGCAGCCAUAUAAAGACAGAUGCACAGAUACACUGCAGCCUCUGAGGGGAUUCACUUGGGUGACCGGGGGCAGCUACACCGAUUACAGCAACUGGAAGAGUGAAGAGCAGAAAUGCGGUGCACUCUGCGCCACUGUGCGCAAAGAUGCGACCUGGGAGGAAACUGAUUGCGACUCCAAAGCGGAUGGCUUCUUGUGCGAGAUAAGUUACUCCUCUUCAUGUAACGCACUUACUGUACCUGCGGACUACAAUGUCACCUAUUACCACACAUCCCUUGGUUUUGGGCUUAGUGGGGAUUUCCCCCCUGGGUCUAACGCAGUCAUAUCCACAUUCCAGGACACUCUCUUCUGCCUAGAUAAAGGUGAGAGUGGUGGGGUAUGGAGCAGUAAUGCCCCAGCAGCCUGGACUUGCUUGAUCAUGAAUGGGGGCUGUGACCAUGAAUGUGUGGAAGUAUCUGGCACCCCAGAGUGUCAAUGCCCCCCAGGAUCACAGCUCAAAGCAGAUAACCGAGCCUGUUCCACACCCUGUGACCCCAACCCCUGUAGCCAGCUCUGUGUCCCACACUCAGAGUCUCCUGGCUUCUUCUGUAUGUGCUCUGAGGGCUACAACCUUGCAGAUGAUGGGACAACAUGUGAAGACAUUGAUGACUGUGCAGUCAGCCCCAAUAUCUGUGAAAGCCAUUGCACCAACACCAUCGGAAGCUUUGUCUGCAGCUGCAAACCUGGUUUUGAGAUGGUGGAUAAGGAGUGUCAGGACAUAGACGAGUGUAACACCAAUGUGUGUGAGCAGGACUGUGAGAAUGAUCCAGGUGGCUUCAGUUGUGUGUGCAAGAAAGGAUUUGUCAUUGAUGAAAGCAAUCCAAGCAAAUGUAAACGGUUCUGCAACACCUCAUCCUGUGAGGCCGAAUGUGAUGCGAAUAACAACCAGUGCAGGUGCCCAUAUGGCUACAUAGUGGAUGAGAAUGAUGCAGGUCACCCCAUUUGUGCUGAUGUGGAUGAGUGCAUUGGCUCACCCUGUGACUGGGACUGUAUCAAUUCAUUUGGAUCAUACCAAUGUACUUGCCCAGAGGGAUACACUUUCCAGAAUAAGUUAUGUCAUCCUGAGGAAGGUUGGGAUGGGGUAGAACCACCUUCUGAAAUCCGACCAUCCAUGCCCACCCCAUCACUUAGCUAUAGCCUUCAGCCAGCCAUGCUGUUGGGAAUAUGCAUCGCAGUUAUAUCCAUGUUAACUGUCCUGAUAGCAAUCCUGUGCCACAUGCUGCGCAAGCACUACAUGGAGCAGCAUGCCUUGGACUAUAAGUGUAAAAACAAUGAGAAGGAUGUAGUGCUGCAGCAAGUGAAGACAGAUCCCUGGGGAAAACUGUAGUGUCUAACAUGGCAUGGUCACCCCAAAACCAUACUGUACCCCAUUCUGCACUCAGGUACAGUGAUCAGAACACUUGUCCGUGGGCAUUAAGUAGCCACUUUGGAAUAAUCAACUUGAUCUGGGGGAUAAGUCUGGGGUUCUUGGAGUAUGCCUGGUGUAAUAUAAGCUUUGUUUGGUGCAAUAUAAGUUUUGUAUGGUGUAAUAUAAGCUUUCUGUGUAGAGGAGGCCAAACAGAAAUGAAGAUCUUGCAAGCCUAACUACUGACUGUAUAUACAUUUCAUAUAUAUAUAUAUAUAUAUAUAUAUAUA